GAAUAGUGAGAGAUCAAAAAUAAACCUCUUAUGUCAAAGCCGGGAAGGAAUAUAAAUACGAAGGGCUCAACAGCCCACUCGGUGCUUCCCGAGGAAGGAGGCGACUGCACGGGACAGCGCGGAGGAGAGCGCUCACGCCCCGGGGCGCCAGCUGCUGGAGCUCUGCUAGGUUGGCUGGCGGGCGCAGGAGGAGCGGGCUGUGCGAACCAGAGGGGCCGCCAGGGGACUGCCGCGCCUGCUGCUGCUGGCCGAGUCGGCCUCCCCAUCUGAUUGAUCAUUUUUCCUGGAGAGAGCGGCCCGGCCGCCUUGGGCCACCAGCACCUGCCUCUGCGCGGCUACCUUCUUCCCUCUCCCGCGCUCCGCAGCCCUCUGCCCUCAUGCUCCGCGACCCCACCGCCGUCCGGUGGCCGCCCCUCCUGCUGCUGCUGCUCCUGCAGCUGCCGCCGCCGCCACUUGUCUGCGGCGCCCCGGCAGAGCCGGGAAGCGGGUCGCAGGCCUCGGAGUUACUGGUGCCCACGCGGUUGCCGGGCAGCACGAGCGAGCUCGCCUUCCACCUGUCCGCCUUCGGCCAGGGCUUCGUGCUGCGCCUGGCGCCUGACGCCAGCUUUCUAGCGCCUGAGUUCAAGAUCGAGCGUCUCGGGGGCUCCGGCGCUGCGACCGGGGGCGAACCGGGGUUGCGCGGUUGCUUCUUCUCUGGCACCGUGAAUGGGGAGCGAGAUUCGCUGGCUGCGGUGAGCCUGUGUCGCGGGCUGAGCGGCUCAUUCUUGCUGGCAGGCGAGGAGUUCACCAUCCAGCCACAAGGCGCUGGGGACUCCCUGGACCAGCCUCACCGCCUACAGCGCUGGGAACCGGGGCAGCGCAGGGAGGACCCCGGGCUCGCUGCCGCCGAAGUUUUUCCCCUCCCUCAAGGACUCGAGUGGGAGGUGGAGACGGGUAAGGGACAGGGACCGGAGAGAAGUGACAACGAAGAGGAUAGGAAGCAAGAUAAAGAGGGGUUGCGCAAAGAGACAGAAGACUCCAGCGAACUGCCACCACCCUUAAGAUUCAAAACUAGGAGCAAACGGUUUGUGUCCGAGGCUCGCUUCGUGGAAACACUGCUGGUGGCUGAUGCGUCCAUGGCUGCCUUCUAUGGAACCGACCUGCAGAACCACAUUCUCACAGUGAUGGCAAUGGCAGCCCGAAUCUACAAGCACCCAAGCAUCAGAAACUCCAUCAACCUCGUGGUGGUAAAAGUGCUGAUAGUGGAAGAGGAAGGCUGGGGCCCAGAGGUGUCGGACAACGGCGGGCUCACACUGCGCAACUUCUGCAGCUGGCAGCGGCGCUUCAACAAGCCCAGCGACCGCCACCCGGAGCAUUAUGACACCGCCAUUUUGUUCACCAGACAGAACUUCUGUGGGAAGGGUGAGCAAUGUGAUACCCUGGGGAUGGCAGACGUCGGCACCAUCUGUGACCCCAACAAGAGCUGCUCCGUCAUCAAGGACGAGGGACUGCAGGCAGCCUACACUCUGGCCCAUGAGCUAGGGCACGUUCUCAGCAUGCCCCAUGACGAUUCAAAGCCCUGUGUGAGACUGUUUGGGCCCAUGGGCAAGUACCACAUGAUGGCGCCGUUCUUCAUCCACGUGAACAAGACGCUGCCCUGGUCUCCCUGCAGUGCUGUGUACCUCACGGAACUCCUGGAUGACGGUCACGGAGAUUGUCUCCUGGAUGCCCCCACCUCGGUCCUGCCCCUCCCCACAGGCCUCCCAGGCCACAGCACCCUCUAUCAGCUGGACCAACAGUGCAAGCAGAUCUUUGGGCCUGAUUUCCGCCACUGCCCCAACACCUCUGUGGAGGACAUCUGUGUGCAGCUCUGGUGCCGCCAUCGGGAUAGUGAUGAGCCCGUUUGCCACACAAAGAACGGCAGCCUGCUCUGGGCAGACGGUACUCCCUGUGGUCCUGAGCACCUGUGUCUGCACGGCAGCUGUGUGCUCAGGGAGGAAGUGGAGAAUCCCAAGGCCGUGGUAGAUGGAGACUGGGGUCCUUGGGGACCCUGGGGAGAAUGUUCUCGCACCUGUGGAGGAGGAAUACAGUUUUCCAACCGUGAGUGUGACAGUCCGGUGCCUCAGAACGGAGGAAGGUUUUGCCUGGGUGAGAGAGUCAAGUACCAGUCCUGCAACACAGAGGAGUGUCCACCAAAUGGCAAAAGCUUCAGGGAGCAGCAGUGCGAGAAAUACAAUGCCUACAACCACACUGAUUUGGAUGGGAAUUUCCUGCAGUGGGUCCCCAAAUACUCAGGAGUAUCCCCCCGGGACCGAUGCAAGCUGUUUUGCAGAGCCCGGGGGAGGAGUGAGUUCAAAGUGUUUGAAGCCAAGGUGAUCGACGGCACUCUGUGUGGGCCGGACACUCUGUCCAUCUGUGUCCGGGGGCAGUGUGUUAAGGCUGGCUGCGACCAUGUGGUGAACUCACCUAAGAAGCUGGACAAAUGUGGGGUGUGUGGAGGCAAAGGCAUUACCUGUAGGAAGGUCUCCGGGUCGUUCACCCCCUACAGUUACGGCUACAAUGACAUUGUCACCAUCCCAGCUGGCGCCACGAACAUUGAUGUGAAACAACGGAGUCACCCAGGGGUCCGGAAUGACGGCAGCUACCUGGCACUGAAGACAGCCAAUGGGCAGUACCUGCUCAAUGGCAACCUGGCCAUCUCUGCCAUAGAGCAGGACAUCUUGAUGAAGGGGACCAUCCUAAAGUACAGCGGUUCCAUGGCUACCCUGGAGAGACUGCAGAGCUUCCAGGCCCUGCCGGAGCCACUCACCAUACAACUCCUGACGGUGUCUGGCGAGGUCUUUCCCCCCAAAGUGAAAUACACCUUCUUUGUUCCCAACGACAUGGACUUCAGUGCACAGAAUAGCAAAGAGAGAGUAACCACCAACAUCAUCCAGUCGCUGCCCCAUGCGGAGUGGGUGCUCGGGGACUGGUCUGAAUGUCCCAGCACUUGUGGCGGCAGCUGGCAUCGGCGGACUGUGGAGUGCAGGGACCCCUCAGGUCAGGCCUCUGACACCUGCGAUGAGGCUCUGAAACCUGAAGAUGCUAAGCCCUGUGGAGGCCAGCCAUGUCCCUUAUGAUCCCCUUGGUGGAAAUGUCACAGGCUCCUGGACUUGGGGCUACCGGGGUGUAUAGACAAGGGUCCCCUCUGAGGUGAUACUACAUAUCAAGAUGGCUUGGCCCUUCCCGGCCUCCUGUUACUGCAGCCCUUUGGGUACUGCCUAAUUCAUAAGGGAGAGGAGAAGAGGGUACGAAGGUAACAGAUCCCAAAGUUGACUGUCCGGUGGACUGGAACUUGCUUAGGUUCAAGUAGAGGGUGUAAGUUAAAAGGUAAAAGUGCACUUACUGAUUCACAUGGGAGACUUCAGAGCCAGCCUUUUUGCAAAGGACUAGCAACGUUGAAUGAAAAAGAAGAGUUUGUUUUCUGUCCAGUUUCCUCAAUCAUCAAUCUACCUCACAGUGGGGGGGAAAUCAGUACGUGAGAGGUAUGAGGGCAGGCGUUGUUGUAAAUGUCAAAGCAAGCUCCAUGGCUUUCUCCCAGCUAUCUUCAGAAAUGGCCAUGGAUAGCUUUCGUGUUAAAAUCCAGUGUCUAAAGGGGGGUGGUGUCCAACACAGGGUUAUAGAGAGCCACUUGUCCUCAGGCUGCCACCUGCUGGGGCGGACCCAUUUCAACUAUUUAUGCAAACAUGUCUCUGAACUAAAGCGUGAUCGUAUGCCAA